CUUUAGCGGGCGCGCGGCCUGCCCCGGGGAGCCAGGCACGGUGGCGCGGGCCGAGGGUAGUGGGUGGCGAGCGGCGAUGGGCCGCGGUUGGAGAUUGCUCGUCGGACUCCUGGGCGUCGUGUGGCUGCUGCGCUCGGGCCACGGCGAGGAGGGGCGGCCGGAGACGGCGGCACAGCGCUGCUUCUGCCAGGUUAGUGGUUACCUGGAUGACUGUACCUGUGAUGUUGAGACCAUCGAUAAGUUUAAUAACUACAGACUUUUCCCAAGACUACAAAAGCUUCUUGAAAGUGACUACUUUAGAUAUUACAAGGUAAACUUGAAGAAGCCAUGUCCUUUCUGGAAUGACAUCAACCAGUGUGGAAGAAGAGACUGUGCUGUCAAACCCUGUCAUUCUGAUGAAGUUCCUGAUGGAAUUAAGUCUGCGAGCUACAAGUAUUCUGAGGAAGCCAACCUCAUCGAAGAAUGUGAGCAAGCUGAGCGACUUGGAGCAGUGGACGAAUCUCUGAGUGAGGAGACGCAGAAGGCUGUACUUCAGUGGACCAAGCAUGACGAUUCUUCAGACAGUUUCUGUGAAGUUGAUGACAUACAGUCCCCCGAUGCUGAGUAUGUGGAUUUACUUCUUAACCCUGAGCGCUACACAGGCUACAAGGGGCCAGAUGCUUGGAGGAUAUGGAGUGUCAUCUAUGAAGAAAACUGUUUUAAGCCACAGACAAUUCAAAGGCCGUUGGCUUCUGGGCAAGGAAAAAGUAAAGAGAACACAUUUUACAGCUGGCUAGAAGGCCUCUGUGUAGAAAAGAGAGCAUUCUACAGGCUUAUAUCUGGCCUACAUGCAAGCAUUAAUGUGCAUUUGAGUGCAAGGUAUCUUUUACAAGAUACUUGGCUGGAAAAGAAAUGGGGCCACAAUGUCACAGAGUUUCAGCAGCGCUUUGAUGGGGUUUUGACUGAAGGAGAAGGUCCAAGAAGGCUGAAGAACUUGUACUUUCUGUACUUGAUAGAGUUAAGGGCUCUCUCUAAAGUACUUCCAUUUUUUGAGCGCCCAGAUUUUCAGCUCUUCACUGGAAAUAAAGUUCAGGAUGCAGAAAACAAAGCGUUACUUCUGGAGAUACUCCAUGAAAUCAAGUCAUUUCCUUUGCAUUUUGAUGAGAAUUCUUUUUUUGCUGGGGAUAAAAAUGAAGCACAAAAACUAAAGGAGGACUUCCGACUACACUUUAGAAACAUCUCCAGAAUCAUGGACUGUGUUGGCUGCUUCAAGUGCCGCCUGUGGGGCAAGCUUCAGACUCAGGGUCUGGGCACUGCUCUGAAGAUCUUGUUUUCUGAAAAACUGAUAGCAAAUAUGCCGGAAAGCGGACCAAGUUAUGAAUUCCAGCUAACCAGACAAGAAAUAGUAUCAUUGUUUAAUGCAUUUGGAAGGAUUUCCACCAGUGUGAGAGAAUUAGAGAACUUCAGGCACUUGUUACAGGGUGUUCACUGAGGAGGACGGUUGGAACGCGCCUGUUUCUGCACAGGAGAGUCUGAAGGGCAGAAUUACUGAGCACCAUGGUUGCAAUAACCGUCCUCAGCCAAAAGUUUAUAUAAAGCUGCUUUUGUAAAAGGAGAGAUACAUUGUUUUAAGUAAAUGACAUUUUUAAAAAUUGUGUUCAUGUUUAAUAUUACUGUGAAUAAAAGUAGUAUUUUGGUAAUGUACAAAUUUUAAUACUAAGCAAAAGUAAGGUCAUUAAGUUCCCACAUGAUAAAUCUAGGUAAAUACUGCCUUAGGCUCUCAAACUAGAGUUGUAUUUAAGAAGAUGUAAUAGAAGCAAAGCUAAGGUACCUAUGACAAGUGUUUGAUAAUAAAGUGUUAAGAGGCUCAGCAGCAAACUGGUCAUCGGCCUCAGACACCAAUGCUUUCUCAUUUGCCUCCUUUGCAAAGAAAAUAUAGACUUCCCAGUUAGAUUUAAAUUUUAGAUAAGCAGCUAGUUUUCCUUUAAAUGUAAGUUUGUUGAAUUUUAUUAGAGCCUAUUUAUACUACAAAUUAUUUGCUUGAAGUUCAAGUUUAACUGGGAGGCCUUAGUUUUCCUGGCAACCUUAAAAUACACUGGUAUGAGACAUUCCUUUUAGAGUUAAAUAGCUAUUUUGAUUGUGCUGUUUUGGUAUGUAGGGAAGUAGAGCAAUUCAAAGGCACAGGAGAUUUCUAAACAUUGUAGAAAGAUGAAUAGAUUAUAUAUUUAUUCUCAUAAUAGUUCCUCUAAUAGUAAAAUUUUGGGGAAAAUUUUAUUUUUAUAUAAUUUCAUAUUUACAGAAAAGUUUCAAAAACAGUUAAAAAAAAAAACCCAGACCUGUUUUACUCAGAUUCAUGAAUUGUUCACAUGUGUUUUAACUACUUACCCCAAAGCCUGGGACCUCAGUCAUGCUGGGCUAGCCCUGCAUCAAUGAGUUGUGUUCUCAGGCCUUGCUUAAGCUCCUAUGUAGACAUAGAUAUCCUGUUUUUACUUAGGUGUUUGAAAACCAGUCAUGAGCAUCAUGAUUUAACCCAAAAUAUUUAAGUGUGAUGGUCAGUAAUUUCCUAAAAAUCAUCUUUUUUAAAGGAAAAACCAAACCUUACAAAUCCAAGCUGACCUAUUCUAAGCCUUAAAAUAAGGACGCACCCUGAAUCCCAGGCACCUGAAGUUUGAGUUUUGUUGCCUUUUUUGAUCCGUGCAAUCACAGGGUGUACAAUUCAUGUUUUCUAGGCAUAAAACUUGUUUUCUCUUCCUCCACAGAAUGGAACUAUAACUUAGAUAGGCUUUUACUAGUGGAGCUUUCCACUGAGAGCAAUAUUUGAAGUGGCUUAAGCAUAUACAUCACAUGCCAACUAUAAAUGGUAUAUACCUCAAAAUUACACCCCCUUGAUGUAACAUACAAUGUCUUGAACAGUUAGGACAGGUUGAGACGUCACAUAAGAAAAUGCAGGACUUACAUAUGUAAUGGUUAGGAAUGUCACUUUACACUGCUGUGUAUUUUCUCUGUCCCUAAGACUUGGUCUAGUGCCAGGCAUACAGCUGGUGUCUAAUAUUUAUUGAUGGAAAGUAUAUGUAUUUAGUAUACUUUAAGUGAUGGUGAUGUACUGUGUUUAACAAUGUAUCCUAUUUUCCCUUCUCUCUGAUUUUUUUCUUUCUAAUUGCAUAAUAAGUGAAAGACAUCAACCCACUAAUUGGGUCAGUUUUCUUGGGGACUUAGAAGUACUAAAUGAUCACCACACACAAGCCAGCCCUUUUGAAACCCUCACUGCAUUCACUUGCUGUCUCCCACUUGAUUGGCCCUGUGUCCCCUGUCCCUCCAAGUGAGGUCUAAUACCUGAUUCUAAGUCUACAGUUAACAAGCAAUUUAAUUUUUAAGGAAUCUUAACUUUCCUGUACUUGACACAAUUGGCAAUCCCUUCCUUGAAGUCUAUUCCUUUGUGUCCUUGUAUUUGGCUUGCUCCUGGGUGUCUUUCUUCUGGUCUCUUCAUUCCUCAGACUUUUCGCUCUAAGUCACUGGAACUUACUCUUGCAUAAUUUCCAUGCAGUGUCUCAUUUUAGCUUCUGUUUCCCUGCUGUGCUCGCUUAGCUACCUAUUGUCCCUUCUGCUUCUUCAAGGACUCGGUCUCCACAAACCUACUCUGUUUGUGUUUCUUACUUGGUUAAUUUCAGAACCAUUGCACUUGUCAAGGUUUUACAGUUCAUUCCUCUAUCUUCCGCCUGACUAUUGGUGUCCAAGUUCUGCCGAUUUUACUCUAACAUUUCUAUCACUAUCUUUUCAUUUUUGUUACGGUCACCCAAAUGAUUAUCUAUUUCUAUUUUCCCAUCUCUUUGCUGGGUCACAUUACCAGAUUGGGCUUUUUAGAAGCAUUUAGCCUAAUUCCUGCUGGCAGUUUUAUGAGCUUUUUGGUGAGAGUCUUUGCUUGAUGUCCAAGACUUCCUCUUGAGUUUGCCACUGCUCUGAUAAGAGUAUUAAAAAGUUUUCUAAAUGUCCAGAGUUGGUAUACCUCCAAAUCUUUGUAGACACCGUAUUUGCAUAUAAAACCCCUGGCUUUUUUCCCAUCUGGGAAAUCCCAUGCAUUCUUGAAAUUCUGAAAUUAUCCCUGUCCCCUUCCUAUGGUCACCACUGUAAUUGCAACCUACCUCUAUUGAAUUACUUAAUGUACUGUAUAUUUUAUUUUUUAAAGUGUCCUUUACUAGAAUGUGAGCUCCUUAGGGGCAGGAAAAGAAACUUCAUUCAUUUUGGCAUCUCUGUAGCAUAAUAUUUGGCAUAUGAGCAUUUAAUAAAUGUUUGUUGAAUAAAUUGC